AUAACAGCAAGCGAUUUCGACCCCGCAGCAUUGGGGAAUCAGUCUUAAGUCGAAUCUAUAAAUACGUACUGUAAGUCAUCGGUAAGUACUUAAUUCUUAAGAGGUACGGUACCUAAUACUUACCUAUGAACAUUUCGCAUACCUAACGCACAGACGCAGUAUUACAAUUUCCGCGAAGGUUGGCAAGAAUAGUUUUUUCUAGCUAUUCAAAACGAAAAUGCUUACUGUAUAUCCGCUUCCUGCGAAAUUUUUGCGUUGAUUAUUGGGGAGAUUAAUAUCUUUUCCCUGUGUAGGAUAUCUUAUGGGAUAGCGCGAGUACUCUGUAGUGUUUGUAAUACUCUGCAUUGCAGUACUAACCGCACACUCUUUUGGCGCGAACUGAACAGGAUAGGCUGUUUAUGGCUGCUCUUCAUCACCUGGAAUUACUUGUUCGCGAUGGACUGCGCUUUGUACGUCAGAUGAGCGAGCAGUACAGCUUGCGGGCGUUUGCGCGGCGGGAAACCACGUUCGCCUCACAAUGGGUGCUUGGUUCUGGAGCGGCGACCUUCGUAAUCACCGAGCCGAAGACCGUGCGCUCGGGACAGUUUCCUGGCGAACAUGUCGGUCUGCAGUUGCAACAGGAGAAACUGCAUCGAGGAAUCGACACGGUUUUCGAUGUUGCUGUGUGCGUCAAGGAUGUUGACCGAAUACUGAAGAACGUGGCUGCAUUGGGAGGCGAAGUGUUAUUACCGAAGACAGUUUAUCGUAGCGACAAUGGUACCUGUGAGAUGGCUGUGAUAAAGUCGUGCACUGGAAAUGUGGUGCACACGUUGGUCAACCGCGAAAGCUAUCGCGAUUCCUUUCUGCCUGGGUUCUCUUCUAUUUGUGAUAAUGAUAAUAACGACGAUCCGACCGAAAUGGUCCACAUCAAACGUAUUGAUCAUGUCACGAUUGUGUGUAGACGCGGGGAUCUGGAUCGAGUGCUCAACUGGUACCAGAAUGUUUUCGGUUUCUCAAGAUUUUUUAUGAAUAGAUCCGAAGAUGAGGAUGAAGGUUUUGUGUUGGACGGGGAAAUCGGAUUGCGGCUCAAAGCAAUGGAAUACUUCAAAUGUGCGGAAACGAUGCUAUCCAGUGAUCCAAGCGAUGAAACAGCUCUGCGGCUGGUUAUUGCUGAAUCUAUGCCUGGUCACGAUGCGAAUACUAACCAAGUGGAAUCGUUCAUUGACCAACACGGAGGACCCGGCGUCCAACACGUGGGAUUGUACACUGACGAUAUCGUCGGGACAGCCAGCUUAUUUAAAUCUCGCGGUGUCCAGUUGCAAGUGCCGCCCGUCAUGUAUUAUUCUCAUUUUGCAUUUUUGGCAGCUGGCUAAAUUAAAAGAAAUUGAGUCAUCCGGCGAGAAUCUGUCGGUUUUACGGGAACACGGUAUACUGCUAGAUAGCGAGGCCGAUCCGAGGAGUGGCAGUGACGAAAGG